AUGGAUUACUAUAUCUUGGUUCUGAAAAAAAAGCACGAGGAGCAUGACGGCGGUCUUCUGAGGAAUGUCGAGAUCGCAUUUCUCCGAGUACAGCCAGGACAUCACCUUAUUUGCAUCCAUCGUUUUCACAGGAUGUCCAACAUCGCCAUAUUUUAUGUACAUUUGUACGACGUCUUCAAAAGCAUCAAAAUGGCGGUGUUUGAUGAAUAUAAGAAACAAUUUUUAAACUUUUUUGAAUUCUUCUUCUUCUUUUUCUUCUUCUUUUUCUUUCUGGAACCUGAACCUCAAGAUGACUCGGAACCUGAACCUCAAGAUGACUCGGAACCAGAUAUUGGUGCUUCUUGUGCAUGCCCUUGUGAGCAUCGGUCAAGCAGGACUCGACACAGAGAACAUCAUCGGGAACAACACGUAUCUGAUUCGUCUCAAAAUGGACCAACAGUUGAAGACCAAACAACCGAACCACCUUCCGUUGCUGCAGAACAUGUUCCACGGGGUUUAAGACGGAAACUCCCAACGGAGGCACCCACUGCUGUGCAGACUUCCAAAACUAGUUCUGCCCUUAACUCCAAGGCCACCAAGCCGACAACAAAGGCACCUCCAAAACCGAAACCGACAACGAAGCCCAAGCCCAACAAAUCGGUCAAUCCUCCAAUCACAAACGCUCCAAAAACCACAAAAGCUCGAACAACUAAGAAAGCUCCGAAGCCCACGGAACCUUUGAAGCCCACGAGACCUCCAAAGACAACAAAAUCUCCGAAGCCCACGAGACCUCCAAAGACAACGAGACCUCCAAAGACAACGAGACCUCCAAAGACAACGAAAUCUCCGAAGACAACAAAAUCUCCGAAGACAACGAAAGCUCCAAAAUCAACGAAAGCUCCGAAGGCAACGAAAACCCCUAAAGAAAAAUCUAACCAAUCCAAAAAAAAAGGAUAA